UCUUCUGCAUUCAGGGCAUGUUGGAGGGUGAAACAUUUCACCAUGUGGACUCUCCUGGUUCUGUGCAGCCUGAUCGCCUCUCGUGGUUUCUGCGGUGAUGCUGAUGCCCCACCAGCAGACGGAAAAGAUCCAGCAGGAGAUUCUCAAGCUGCAGCAGCUGAUGCAAUAAAUCCAGCAGCCCAGCCUUCAUGUCGUGGCAGAUGUGGCGGGGACCUGGGGAGCUGCUCCUGCACAAGCUCUUGCCAAAACAGCGGCAACUGUUGCCAUGACUACAGCACUUACUGCCCCAUGAUCAAGGCCGCACCACAGCGAUGGUACACCUCAGCUUCACGUUCAUGUCGUUACAACUGUGGCUACCACCUGGGAAGUUGCUCCUGCUCAAGCUCUUGUCGGUACAAUGGAAACUGUUGCCGUGACUACAGCUAUUACUGCAGCUACGACACAACCGCGCAAACUGAAACUUCCACAACAGGCCGGCCCUCAUGUCGUUACAACUGUGGCUAUAACAUGGGAAGCUGCUCCUGCUCAAGCUCUUGUCAGUACUAUGGAAAUUGUUGCUAUGACUACAACUAUUACUGCUACCACACUACCAGUGCACCCGUAACAGGUCACCCUCAUGUCGUUACCGCUGUGGCAGUCACCUGGGAAGCUGCUCCUGCACAAGCUCUUGUCAGUACUAUGGAAAUUGUUGCUAUGACUACAGCUCUUACUGUUACAGCACCACCCUCAUGCCGUCACAACUGUGGCUUUUACAUGGGAAGCUGCUCCUGCUCAAGCUCUUGUUGGUACAAUGGAAACUGUUGCCAUGACUACAACUAUUACUGCAGCUACGACACAACCGCGCAAACUGAAACUUCCACAACAGGUAUUAAAAACCUCAACAAUAUAAUAAGGUUUUAG